UAUGUAUUUAAUGCAAUUUUUAAGAUUAGGAAAUUUGUGGCUUUGGCUGUGAUUUGAAUAUUGGCAGAAACUCACGAUUGCUGAAAACACUUAAAACUGGGGUGUUGAUUGUGGAAACAGCAAAAUGGGGAUCAGUGACUACAACAUUUCAGCUGUCAGAUACAACCAUGGAUUUGAUGUUGAUGGUUUCAGUGAUGACAUGGAAGCCAAAGUGCAAAUAGAUGAUGGGAAAAUGGAAUGUAUUGGACCAGACACCUGGUAUAAUCAGAUCAAGAAAACAAUUGCACCUUAUGUAAUGUCCUUCUGGUUUCGGAUUUUUGGUAUCGUUCUUAUAAUUGUUGAUGUUGUUCUUGUAAUUGUGGACUUGUCAACAGCAAAUAAAAGUAAGCCGUUUAAGCAUGGAAUUGUAGGAGUAUCAUUGGCUAUAUCCUUCUUCUUUGCUAUUGAUGUUCUUCUUCGAAUCUUUGUUGAAGGGUUCCGUGUAUAUUUUCGUUCCAAGCUAAAUAUUUUGGAUGCAGUUAUUGUGGUUGUUACCCAGGUUAUUACAAUGGUAUAUGCCUUUUCUGAUUUGAGUGGAGCAACUCUCAUUCCCAGGGUGGUGACUGUCUUUCGAGUGCUUCGAGUUGUCAUCUUGGUUAGAAUUUUCAGGCUUGCCUCACAAAAAAAACAUCUGGAAAAGGCCACCAGAAGAAUGGUAUCUGAAAAUAAAAGGCGCUAUCAAAAGGAUGGAUUUGACUUGGAUCUUACUUACAUUACUGAUCGAGUCAUUGCCAUGUCAUUCCCGUCCUCUGGGAAGCAGUCGCUCUACAGAAAUCCAAUUGAGGAAGUUGCAAGAUUUUUUGACACCAAGCAUAAAGAUCACUAUAAAGUCUAUAAUCUUUGCAGUGAAAAAGGCUACAAUCCCAGAUUCUUUCAUUACAGAGUGGAAAGAGUUUUCAUUGAUGACCACAACGUGCCUGCUUUGGAGGACAUGCUGAAAUUUACAGCUAAUGUUCGGGAUUGGAUGGCAGCUGAUGAGAAGAAUGUUAUAGCGAUUCAUUGCAAAGGUGGUAAAGGCAGGACUGGAACAAUGGUCUGUACCUGGCUGAUUGACAGUGAUCAAUUUGAGAAUGCCAAGGAAAGUUUAGACUACUUUGGAGAAAGAAGAACUGAUACGAGCGUCAGCUCAAAAUUUCAAGGGGUGGAAACUCCCUCCCAGAGUAGAUAUGUUGGCUAUUAUGAAGUAAUGAAGAAUGAGUACAAACGGCAAACCCCACCGCAGAAGAAGCUAAAAAUGAAGAGCAUUAGAAUCUAUUCAAUUCACGGCGUUGGUAGAAACAAUGGCAGUGACCUGAAAGUUGAAAUCAUUGUCAAGAAGGUGCUCGUAUUUCAGUGUGUUUGUGCAACACAAGAAAACUGUAAGCUGUUUUUUGAUGCUGGGAGUAACUCUGCUAUAAUUAGCUUGGAGAAUGGUCCUGAAGUGAGCGGUGAUGUUAAAGUCAGAUUUGAGUCUAGUGGGGGCCUUCCUAAAGGUUAUGAUGACUGCCCAUUCUACUUCUGGUUCAACACAUCUUUCAUUGUAAAUAAUAGGCUCUACUUGUCUAGAGAUGAACUUGACAACCCACACAAGCCAAAAACCUGGAAGAUCUACAGUGAAAAAUUUGCAGUGGAGGUGAAUUUUGAUGAUCCUGAUUCCAGUUAAGCUAGUACCACCUCAGGAACAGA